AUGUCUCCGACACAAGGCGAUAGUUUGGGGAAAACAAAUGAAUCCCCUAGCGAGAAACAAAUACAACCCCCCGCAAAGCCGACAGAGAAGAAGUCACUCCAUGUUGUAAAGAGAGCAGCCGCUGAAAACGAGCAACCGAAGGAUGACAAAGAAUUCGAGAACUUUCUGAAAGCCCUCCAUAACAAGUACUACGGGGUCAGCCGACAAUUGCAGCAUGCAGCUAAAAGGAAUGUCGACAACCAAACUAAAAUGCAAGUUCUACGAGAUAAAAACUCUAGCCUUGCAAAGAAUCUAGACGAGCUCAAAGCCGAAGCCGCACGCCUGAAUAAUAGCCAUCAGCAAGUUUGGGACAAAUAUAAGCUGUUGGAAAAGCAACAUGACGAAGUUAGGCGAAGUGCAAUACAGGCUCUAGAUACUGCCAAAAUACACCACGCAAAUAAGAUUCCAAGUAUAUCUGUGGAAACCAUCAACAAAAAAUGGAGGCGCCUCAUCUAUGUAAUCCACGACUUUGUCGUUCAGAAUCUCACAGUCACACCGGUAGACAAUGGGAGCUCGGAAGACAGGGACGUAAUAAGGCAAAUAAUCAGCAUAGUCAAAGAGAAACCCGAGUUACAGACAUCAAUACUGGAAAGGUACAUAUGGAAGCGCCUAGAUCGAGCUGUUUUUCGGGCGGAUAGCCGUCUUUGGGGUGGUGAUAUGGGGAUAGCCUUUGCUGAAACUUGCGGCGAUCGAGGAGUCCACAAUGGGCUAUCGGUAGCCGAAGUGAUGAAAUCCCGGGCGGCAGAGAUCCGUAUCUCUAGGCUGGGAGUGAGUAAACACCAUAGAGUGUUUUACAUACAAGAUUUCGGCAAAGAUCUAGCGCCUUUCAAAAAGAGUUCAAAUAGCGACGCGCUGCACAAAGGCUUGGCCCUAGUACUUGAUAUUGCCAUCAACAUCAUGAAAAUGUUCAUCACGUCUCAAGAUAUUUAUGAGUUUGGGAGUUGUUUCGAAGUGCCUCUUGGAGGAAUUAUCGUCUAUGAUCAGACGAUCAUGGAUAUUUCAUCAUGUAUUACGACACCUGACAGUCCGAGUAUGGAUCAACCCGGGAAAUUUGUGGUCAAGUUCGUACAGAGCCCGCCGCUUUUUGUCACCAGCACAACUGAGGGUGAGUGUUUUGGUCGCAAGCAACUGGUUUGUCCCGCAUUUGUGACAGUUUCUAUGGAGGGAGUGGCAAAGGAUGACACGGAGAAGAAGAAAGGCCCGGUAAAGGAUGCGGCUUUCCAUAAAGCUAGCAAUAAAGUUGUGAGCUGA